AUGGGCCUGUGCGCUUCGAUUUGCAAUGGCGGCUCGCAAGAGGAGAAGAAAGCACCUCAAGCCACGCUCCACGUGUCACUACCACAGGAGUUUAAGUAUGAGGUGCUAUUAGCAGCAACUAACAACUUCGACCAAUCAGCCGUGCUGGGCGAGGGGGGGUUCGGGAAGGUCUACAAGGCCGUGAUUCGCGGAGGCAAGGGGGAGGCGAAUGGGAACGGCGGAGAGGGGAAGGGAGAAGGUGCGGCAGCGGUGGUUGCGGGACAGGCAGUGGCGAUUAAAGUGCUGAAUAGUUCCGGGAAGACGAGCGGUUACCGGGAAUGGGUGACGGAAGUGCUCAUGUUGGAACGCCUCUCCCACCCCAACCUGGUCAGCCUGCGCGGCUACUGCGCUCACGGCGAGAUGGCGUUUCUCGUGUAUGAAUACGUGUCCAAGGGCGCGCUCAACUACCACCUCUUUUCCACGGCCGACAAUGUGAUUCCCCUGUCGUGGCAGCAGCGGGUGCAGAUAGCCGUGGGAGCGGCAACAGGGCUGCACCAUUUGCACGAGAGGAACAUCAUUCACCGCGAUUUCAAAUCGUCCAACAUCCUGCUUGACGAUAACCUGGUGGCCAAAGUGAGCGACUUUGGGCUGGCCAAGGUGGGCCCGGUGGGGGAUCAGAGCUAUGUGGAGACCAAGGUGAAGGGCACACCGGGGUAUAUUGACCCUGCUUACAUGGAGAGGGGAUGGCUCACUUGGAAGUCUGACGUGUAUGCCUUUGGAGUGGUGCUGCUGGAGCUUCUUCUGCUUACAGUGAUUGUGUAUCCCUUCUCUCUCUUCCUACCUUCCUCCGCUGGUUGGCUCAUGGACGGUGAAGUCUGA